CUACACUGUGGGGAUAUUGUGGAACACAAAGUUGAUGCAAUUUGGCGCGGUUGUUUGUGGAGUUUUCUCCAUUGAGGGCGGGCACCGCUUUCCGGGUAACGAAAAAAAAAAAUAGGAUUCAUAUAAAGGCUGUCUCGUUUCUUGGGUUCUCUUCUUUUUUGUUUUUCAUCUUCACAUCACCUUACAUCACAAACAUACACACAUAAUGUCGCCCGUCUGGAACCGUUUGAUCCGCUUCGUUGCUGCUGACAGCAAGGUCUACUUUGGUGAGCCCAUCGUCUCUGGUGACGCUACCGUCGACAAGCUCUUGGAGGCCGGUUCUUUGGAAGCCAAGGUCGUCACCGGUGAUGUCUUUGCCGAUGAUGCCGUUGUCACCGACCAGGUCGUCAAGGUCACCAGCCUUUUGGCCCCUCUCUCCAAGGACCAGAUCCCCAUCAUCAAGUGCGUUGGCUUGAACUACAAGGCUCACAUUGCUGAGGGUGGCCGUACUCCUCCUCCCUACCCCUCCAUCUUCAUCAAGCCCAGCCACUCGCUUGCUGAUGCUUUCGAAGAUAUCCCCAUCCCCAAGCUUGCCCACGAGACCCUUGACUACGAAGGUGAAUUGACCAUCGUCAUUGGCAAGACCGGCAAGGAUAUCCCCAUCGAAAAGGUCGGCGAGUACGUUGCUGGCUACACCGUCGCCAACGAUGUCUCCUGCCGCAAGUGGCAGCGUGAUCCCAAGUACGCUGGUGGUGUUCCCCAGUGGUGCUUCAGCAAGGGCUUCGACAAGUUCGCCCCCAUCGGCCCCGCCAUCGUCUCCCAGAAGGUUCUUGGCGACCGCCCAGCUCUUGACUUGACCACCCGUGUCAACGGUGAAGUCCGUCAGUCCACCAACACCUCUGAUCUUCUCUUCCACGUCCCUGAAAUCGUCUCCUUCAUCUCCCAGGGCACCACUUUGGAGAAGGGCACCAUCAUCAUGACCGGUACCCCCGCUGGUGUUGCCAUGGGCAUGAAGAACCCUCUCUGGUUGAACAACGGUGAUGUUGUCGAGGUCGAAAUUGCCAGCAUCGGCAAGGUCUCCAACAAGAUGGCCUACGCUUAAAUUGCAUAACCCUUUCUUUCUGUUUGUUUCCCCAUGUCGCUUUCUCCACACACACACACACACACACACAUCGCUAUUGUAAUAUAGAAGUCUCUUUUUCUCGCUCCCGCUCACUCUCUCAUAGA